GUUUGUAUAUAACCUUUCUGGGAAAUCGGGACUCUCUCGAUAGGAAUCCGAGGCGAAGAAGGAAAGCAGGGCGAAGCGAGAAGAGAUGGAUGCAAAAUCAAAGACAGAAGAGCUGGACACGCCAUUACACGCAAUAGGGUUUGAGAUCGAAGAGGUCUCACCAAAAAGGCUCACUGGCCGACUCAAGGUGACCGCUGCUUGUUGUCAGCCGUUCAAGGUAUUGCAUGGUGGGAUAUCUGCCCUAGUUGCCGAGGCUCUAGCCAGUAUAGGGGCCCACGUGGCAUCAGGCUUCAAGAGAGUAGCUGGGGUACAGCUCAGCAUCAAUCAUCUGAAUGCGGCCCAGCUUGGAGAUGAAGUCGUGGCAGAAGCCCAGCCGAUCAAAGUGGGCAAAACAAUCCAGGUAUGGGAGGUGACGCUGUGGAAGAUUGAUCCAUCAACGGCAGAGAAUAGAGUGGUGGUAGCAUCAUCAAGGGUCACUCUUCUUUCUAACAUGCCUGUGCCCCCACACACAAGGGAUGCAGGAGAGAUACUCAGGAAGCAUGCCAAGCUAUGACUCAUGUACCAUACUCUUGCUCCGGUGGUAGACUCUUAGGAGUUUCAACACCCAGUCAAGGGUUCGAGUAUCCAUAGGUGGUGAAAUCCCACUAUAGCAUGAGUAUGUGGGUAUGUGUGCGUGUGUUAUAAAUAAAUAAUUAAUUAAAAUGUACCAUUUUUCCCAUGUAUUUUUCUUCUUUAUAUUUGACGACUGAAUCCAAGUGCUGUAAUUGGUGUUUACAUGCAUGCAUGCAUUGAUACAUGUAUGCAUCCAUACAUAGACAAGUCCGUGGGAAGCUUUGCCAAUAGUCGUUUCACCCUUUUCUCCGAUAUGUGCCACAUGUUCCAUUAUCAAUUUAUAAUUCUACCGAUAUCUAUGUGAGCAAAUGUAUCAAACAUGUCUGAAAGUCACAGACAUUUCUCUAAAUAGGGUGUUUGACAAACAACAGUUAAUAUAGCAGAAUAGCCUAUCCAUAUGAUA